UGCACACCUGCGUAAAGCAAAUCCGUUCCCAGGACAUAUCAGAGAUGAUUGAGAAUCGGUUGCAGGAAAAUUCACUGAAAUCCAAUACAACUUUAAUAUUUUAUAGCCUUUUUGAAAUUGAGACUAGUUUUAUUUGGGAGCAUUUUGGAGAUUAAGUUUUUUUUGUUUUGCUUUAGUUUAGAAUUCACAACAUAGCGACAGCUAAUACAGAAGAGUACGACUUUUUUUGUUUUUUUGUGACCCACAUACCUGAUGAAGAUGUGGUCUGUGAAUGUCAUCUUCCUCCUGUUAUUCUGCUAUGCCUCUCUUUCGACUGGAAAUGGGAAAGCGUAUUUUGUCUCCAACAACUUUUACAAUGUACUUCACUGGGACCCUGUGAAGCCUGCCUUCCCAGGGGAGAAGGUGCUCUAUAGCGUCAAGUACUGGAGCGACGUUGACCAGAAGUUCAAGAUAAAAGAAGAGUGUCAGAACAUUGCCGUUCUGACCUGUAACCUGACUGCAGAGACUCCAUCAGUUCCCGAUGUUCAAUACCAGGCUCGUGUGUUUGUUAACGGCAGCUUGAUCAGCCACACUCUCAACAGGUUCAAGCCUAUAGCACACACUAAUCUUGGUCCACCCAUCUUGUCUACAUACACAACGGUGUCAUCUCUGUAUGUUAAUGUCACCCUGCCCUUGGGGCCAAAUGGAGUCUCCAUUGCAGACAUCAUCAGCAAAAGCAAAAAUGGGCCUUCCAAAAAUGUAAUUGUUUAUACCUUAAAUAUCACCGAACCAAAGUGGGCUGCACUGGUCAAUCAAACCACAACUGGCCACUUUGUCAUCAACUUGAAGAACAACCAAACAAAGUACUGCGGCCAUGUGGUCUACAAACCUUCUGCUGAAUGGGGUCGCAACAGGAGUCAGAAGGCCUCCUUCUGUGUCACGCUGCAAAGUGAUUCUCAGAUGCUUUUGCCCUGGAUUUUCAUAAGCGUUGCUCUUCUGGUGGCCACAGUCGUGAUGUCUGUUGUGUGGAUAUGCAACUAUGUAAAGGGUGGAAAGCACAGUAACAUGCCACAGUCAUUGGUAGCUACUCCUGGUACCCCGUCUAAAGUACUGCAAUCUCCAGACAGAAAUAUCAUCAUUUCCACACCAGAAGUCAGAGCACAAAGUGACCAAAUAAUUUACGCCACAAUCCAGAUGAAGCCAAAUGUGCCUGCAGUCAGGUCUGGAGGUUAUUCCCCCCAGGACAUCCCUUGCCAAGCCUGGCAAGGUAGCACUAACUCCUCUGUGGGCACACGUGCACACAGUCCAACCCCAAAUCCAGAGGAUACAAGCGCCCAGUCCUCUGAAAUCUACAGUGCAGUGGCUGUCCAUGUCCCCGCUGAAGAGAACGAUGAUUUUCAGCAGGCUACCAUUAAAGACAGAGAAACAGAACUACCUUCCAAUGAAGAACCCUGGGAUAAAGGUGGAACGACUCCAAAGUUCAUGUUACGUGGAGUACCACCUUCACCUGAUCUGGAUGCUUAUGAGAGCAAUCCAGCCAGACCACUGCUGCUGCAUGCGGUGCGCGGUGCCAAUGGACAACUCAUGUUGCCUUCACUCACUCUUCAGUUACAGAGCAAGGCAGGUGACACGGCAUCACCUUUUAACUCAGAGAGAAAACCUCUUUUAUCGGACCUCAUAGAGUGUAAGAUGGAGGGCCCAUCGUUAGUGUCACUACAGAGCUUUGACAGCUCUGAAUGGUCUGAUUCUGGGUGGGAUGAAAGCACUUUAAGCACCCCAACCCAGCCGUACUGCAACACCCAUUAUUGCCCAUCUCGACCAGUUGCUCCUGAUUUUCAACAGCAAUGUCAGGAAACACCAUCUAGUGAUGUCAUAUUUGAAUCCGGUUACAAACAAAACUGGAUCCCUGGAGUCCUUCUUCGAACUGCACCCAUAGAAGGUCAUGAACAAAGAAGGACAAACUAUCCUUCAACCUGGACUGUUCCCAGAAUGGAGGGGCUAGGUGAGGGAGAUGAAGACAAAGGAGGAGGAGCAGAAGAGAGAUUGAAGCAAAUUCUUCUGGGAGGUUGGGUUCAAAUUCAAGAAUAGUUCUCCUCUCUGUAAUCUUAAAAACUUGCUUUUUCUCAUUUGGCUAAAGAAAUAUCAGUAGAGAUGUAGCCUUUUUAACAAAAGGGGCAGCAGGAAGAUGAUGGGAUGGGUGCUUCAGUGACAACAGAGCUCAAGCAGAUAAAAGACUUUCCUGUCGAAGUGUGGCUAACGAUGCAGAAACAUAAAUGUAUCCUGAACUAAGUCACACUUAGCAACCUCACUGGAUCUAAAUACAUUUCAUAGUUGGCUUUAUUUAUUAAUCCAAAAAUGUUAAGUAUGGGUUUAAAGCUGCGGGAUUACAGCUGAAGAAAUGACAGCAUAUACAUACUUUUUAAAGUCCUCGUUUAUUUUGUCAGGUUAUUUUUUCAAAUAAACUAACCUCACUUUUACAAACAGAAUUUGUAUUUUAAAAGAUGUUAAAUAGUUUAAACUGUAGAUUAGGGAUUACCUUGUGCUCAGAUGCAAAGGGUACAAAGGGUAGGUAAGGUAUCCCUUAAUCAAAAUAUUGCAGUAUAUCAGUAAUUUCACACCAACAGUAGUACCUUUUACAUUGUCAUGAAAGUUUAAAGCUGUGUUUGGACAGCUAAAGUCUGAUUUGUUUGCAUUAUAUAUUAUUGCAUCCACAUUUCUGUCUGUGGUUAGAUUUAGGCAACAAAAGCACUUUGGUUAAGCUCAUGGUAAGAUCAUGGUUAUGGUUAAAUGUAAAUAAAUAAAAAAAAACCUGUCUGUAGUUACUGUAAGCUUUUUUUUCUUUUUUUUUUAAACCAGACAACAAUCUUUCCCUUACUGUAAAUAAAGUGCCUACAGCCUAAACAUAACCAGGAAAAGGUUUAGUAAUGCUGUAGUCAUUGCAAGUGGGUAUUGCACUGCAAGGUUGCAUAUUUUUGGCGGAAAACAGAUACGCUGUCUGAGAACGAUAUGUUCAGUAUCAACAUAUUUGCAACUUGCCAAAAGUGUAAAUUAACAACAUUUCCUCGUUACACUGAUAGAAAACAAAAUCCAGUCAAACAACAGCCCCAAACUCCUCACACAUAGUCCACAUGUGCAUUUGUGUGCCAUCACUAUAACAACACAUUAUUGCAACUUAUCACAUUCCCUAAAUACACAAACUCAGUCUGGUCACCUUUCAAUUAUAAUGUGGACAGUCAGCCUUAAAGAUUAGUUAUGAAAACAAAUCUGAUUGCCUUGUAGCUGAGCAAAGCAUUAGACACACUCUGACGCCUACUGUCACGGUUUGAGUUGUUUGAAAUGGGGAUUAAAAUGACUGAAUUUCUACUAGAAAUGAGUAUAUUCCUAUUUUUAAAUAGGCGCCAACAUAUGUCAGUAUUAUCAGUAAUGUAUGAAAUAUAUAAAUGAUUCCAUCUUUACGUAAAAGAAUGUAAUUUAUGAAUGAAUGUAUAUUUUUUUUUGUUUGUUUUUUCCAGGCUCAAAGUUCAUGAACUCAUUUUGUUCUUUUCUUUGUUUGCUGUUCUUUCAGGGUAAGAAAAUACAGUGUGUAAAAAAUAUAUUAGAAGGUGGGGUCAUGGUGCAACUAAAGCCACGCUGAUAACAGCUAGGUUUUUAAUUGCCUGAAUGCAAUCUCUCAUACACAGCUGUAAAGUAAUAAUGUCAGGUGUGUUGAAACCGUGUGAUGUGAGUCACACAUGGACACAUUAUGCAGCACAUUACAUUAUGUUGUACAUUUGUCUGUACUGAGGACACAUAUAUCUGCUAAAUGAAUGUUAAAAAAAUUAUACUAUAGUUGUAACUUUGUUUUAUUCUGUAUUUCCAGAUUGUGACUUUCUACACUACUAAAUGUUUAUGUUGGAAGGUUUAUCCUGGAAGGGCUGACUUGCAUUCCAAGAUAAGAUAUUAAACAAUCAAAAAAAAAAAAAAAAAAAUUACACUACAUUGUAUUUUAAUAAAA